GGAGCCUAGCAUCAGGCACUGUCUUCCUUUCUCUCCUCAGUCCCUCUCUGUGCUCACUACUUUUGAGGAAGAACAUCUGCAGUGAUUUCAGCUCGGUUUGAACUCAGCUCAUCGUUUUGGACUGCUGCUCUUCUUUGUACCUUUUUAUGGACCGUCCCCCACUGAGUCGUGCAACAGGGACCGUCUUCAGGCAYCGCCGUGCUCCCUCUCUGAAAAGGGGGGAAGGUGUGGGGUCCUGAAGCCGGCGUGUUGUCCCGUAGCGCAUCGUGAGAACAGGGAAGCGUGCAGGAAGUGGCCUGGUGGAGCAGGGUGGCAGACAGGUGGGGUUUGGAGCAGAGGGGGUCGAGGACGCUGGGAGAAGGAUGGUUAUGCCGGCUCCUCGCGCUCUCUGGUCGUGCUGCUGCUCUGUARGCUGCGUGACAUCCGGACACAGUCCUGCCUCUCCUCGACAUGAGCCUCACAGAAAGGGUGUCCUGCUCCAUGCUCAACUGCUUUGGUGAAGAAGGACCUCCCAGUCUGGAGUACAUCAAGGCAAAAGACUUGUUCCCCCAGAAGGAACUGGUGAAGGAAGAUGAAAGUCUUCAGGUGCCAUUCCCAGUUCUUCAGGGGGAAGGAGUGGAAUAUCUUGGCCGUGCCGAUGAAGCUGUCAUCGCCAUUUCUAACUACAGACUCCACAUCAAGUUCAAGGACUCUGUCAUCAAUACCUACCCAGGUGUGGACAAAGACUUUUCUGUGCCACUCCGGCUGAUCGAAAGUGUGGAAGGCAGAGAUAUGUUCCAGCUGCACAUCAUCUGCAAAGACUCCAAAAUUGUCAGGUGCCAUUUUGCAACAUUCAAACAGUGCCAGGAAUGGGUUAAGCGUCUGAACCGGGCCAUAGCCCACCCGUCCAGACUGGAGGACCUGUUCGCCCUGGCUUAUCAUGCCUGGUGUUUGGGAGGAAGUGCAGAUGAUGAAGACCAGCAUGCUCAUCUCUGUCGCCCAGGGGAUCAUGUGCAUCACAGAAUGGAAAUGGAGGUCAAGAGGAUGGGCUUUGACACGCAGAACGUCUGGAGAGUGUCCGACAUCAACUGCAACUACAAGUUGUGCUCCAGCUACCCACAGAAGCUCCUGGUUCCAAUAUGGAUCACWGACAAGGAGCUGGAGAGUGUGGCUUCCUUCAGGUCCUGGAAGAGGAUCCCUGUGGUGGUCUACAGACAUCAGAAGAACGGCGCAGUGAUCGCUCGUUGCAGCCAGCCUGAGAUCAGCUGGUGGGGCUGGAGGAACACRGAUGACGAGUACCUGGUGACGUCCAUCGCUAAGGCCUGUCACAUGGGCACCGGAGCCAAGGGGACGGCAGCCAGCCGACAGCGAGGGGAAGCUCCUGACUCCUGUGACAGUGAUUUUGAUUCCUCACUGACAGGCGUCUCUGGCUGUGAGGACAACAGUGUCCCACAGAAGCUGCUGAUUCUGGACGCUCGCUCGUACACCGCAGCAGUGGCCAACAGAGCCAAGGGUGGAGGCUGUGAAUGUGAGGAGUACUAUCCGAACUGUGAGGUCAUGUUUAUGGGAAUGGCCAACAUCCAUGCCAUCCGCAACAGCUUCCAGGCUCUGAGGGCCGUCUGCAGUCAAAUCCCAGAUCCUGGAAACUGGCUGUCGGCUCUGGAGAGCACCCGUUGGCUGCAGCACCUGUCCGUCAUGCUGAAGGCCGCCACUCUGGUGUGCUCGGCGGUGGAGUGGGAAGGCCGGCCUGUCCUGGUACAUUGCUCAGAUGGAUGGGACCGCACGCCCCAGAUAGUAGCACUUGCCAAGAUUCUGUUGGACCCGUACUAUCGGACCUUAGAGGGGUUCCAGGUGCUUGUGGAGACUGAAUGGUUGGACUUUGGUCAUAAGUUCGGAGACAGAUGUGGCCACCAGGAGAACACAGACGACGUGAGCGAGCAGUGUCCUGUCUUCCUGCAGUGGCUGGACUGUGUUCACCAGCUGCUCAAACAGUUCCCCUGCCUGUUCGAGUUCAACGAGGCCUUCCUGGUCAAGUUGGUGCAGCACACGUACUCGUGUCUUUAUGGCACGUUUCUGUGCAACAAUGCUCGUGAGAGGGAGGCCAAAAACAUCUACAAACGCACCUGCUCUGUCUGGUCCCUGCUUCGCACAGGAAACAAGAACUUCCAGAACUUCCUCUAUGUCCCUGGCCAUGAUGUGGUGCUACAGCCAGUCUGUCAUACCCGGGCACUCCAGCUGUGGACAGCUGUUUACCUGCCCACCUCCUCCCCCUGCACUGCGGUGGACGAGUCUGUGGAGCUCUACCUGCCGCCCUGCGUCACAGGAGACGAGCUCACGUCCCGCUCUCUGGACAGACUUCCCAAGACUCGCUCCAUGGACAACCUGCUGUCAGCCUUGGAGAACGGGUUGCCCCUGACACGUMGGUCCAGUGAUCCUAACCUCAAUAAGCACUGCCAGGAGGGUCGCUCGGCGCCGGAGGCCUCGGCUGCUGUGGACGACUCGUCGUCUGCAGGCAGCUCUGAGGACGACACGUCUGACACGAAGAUGGAGGACCAGACGUUCAGUCCAAGUCCUGAGAAGAACCUGGAAUGUGUCCCAGGACUGGAGAGCUCUGAAGACGGACUGGAGGAGCCUUGUCUCACCACACAGCCCCUGCCGUCUCCACCUCUCCCCCCUGUUCCCGUCAGCCUCACACACUCRCACACUGCCUCGCCCACUCCCAUCCUUUACCAAGCUUUGCCACAGAUCACAGACCCUCCGCUCCCACCACUGCCACUGGAGGAGGCUGAGAACCCCUGUAGGACUGCUGAGACCCCCACCUCACCGGCCYGUGAAUCAGAGCCAUGCUUACCCCUCCCCUGUAAGAACACUCAACCCGCAGCCAACCCCCCCACCUCGCUGCUGAACGGACUCACUGACGGCCUCCCAGAACCUGCCGACCUGUCGGCCCUGAAGCAGGAAGUGGCUCCCAUGGAGGACUCCACUGAGACCCUCACAGACGAGGGAGAGAUCCCCCCCACCUCCCCGCCUGCUGUAACCCAGCAGGUCCACCAGAGCCUCUUCAGUGAGGAGCAGCAGCCACAAGUCCCCCCCCAGAGAGAGAAGGAGGCCCUGAGGACAGAUGGAGUGAAGGGCAGAGCCACWUCAGCAGACCCCACCCAGGUUCCCGCUCGCCACCCGACCUCCCAGAGUCAGGUGUCGGACCUGUCCCUGCUCAGCUCUCACUGGAACUCUGUCCAGGGUCUGGUCCAGUCUGCCUGCAGCCACGCUGGUGUCAUCCGGGCCCUGCAGCCCAACACCUACCAGGGCCGCCGGCUUGCCAGUAAACUCUUGCGAACCCAGAUGGGCGUCGCCGCGGGGCCGCAGUGCUGCCGCAGGGAGGCCCUGUGUUGUCCCAGCAGCCCCCUGCAGGCCGGGUGGCUGCAGGCUGCCAAGGGCCACAACGGCCUGCGUGGCCCCGCCGCCGCCCUCAACAACCAGUUUCUGCCAGCAUCCUACACCUCACCGCCCGCUUCCAGCUCCCCGCCCCCGCCCCAGACUCCAGCCUACCUCGAUGACGACGGGCUGCCGGUGCAGAUGGACGCCGUGCAGCAGAGACUUCGACAAAUCGAGGCUGGUUACAAGCAGGAGGUGGAGGUGCUGCGGCAGCAGGUGCGACAGCUGCAGAUGAGACUAGAGAGCAAACAAUACGACAGCCCUCCCUCUGAGCCAGACAUCGACUACGAGGAUGACAUUACAUGUCUGCGGGAGUCGGACAACAGCAACGAGGAGGAUUCUCUGUCCACCCACAGCGAGGACCGUCUGUCCGAGGGGAGCUGGGACCGAGUGGAGCGCAGGGACACAGAGGUCACGAGGUGGGUGCCCGAUCACAUGGCCUCCCAUUGUUUCCACUGUGACUGUGAGUUCUGGAUAGCCAAGAGACGUCAUCACUGCAGGAACUGCGGGAACGUGUUCUGUAAAGACUGUUGUCAUCUGAAGCUGCCCAUCCCGGACCAGCAGCUGUACGACCCGGUGCUGGUGUGCAACACCUGUCACGACCUGCUCCUGGAGGCCCGCACCCGCGAGAUCCGCAGCCAGCAGCUCAAGAAGGCCAUCGCCACCGCCUCCAGCUGAGAGGCACGCCGCGAAGACCGGCCCGGCCCGGCUCGGUUCUGUCCUGCUCUUUUCGGGACCGAUGAGCCGAGCGUCGUGUUACAACCUCAACCUGCUGUGGUUUGGGCUGCGGGCGGGGAGAGGCAGUGAGCGGUGACCAGGAAGCGUUUCUCUUUGAAACAGAGACUGGAAAGGGGGCUGCUGUGAGCUGGAGAUGUGUUAACAGGUGGAGGARGUUCUGGUUCCUGUAGAACCAAAGACAUUUCUCAACCCGGAGUGCUGCAGUGUCCUGCUGCAACUGGCCCCCCCACAAGGCUAAGUCCUCUAACAGCAUCCUGUCUGAGACAACCUAUCCACCCACCCACUGGCUCACUCUUCAGAGGACAAUCGCUCCCUUCCCCAUGAGUCGGGGACUCUGAAGCCUCCACCUUCACUACUGGAGGUUCUCAACUUUAAAAGAGAACAGUCGCUGCUACAGUAUUUAAAAGUCUAAUUUUUGUACUCUCAUUUUGUGCACUACUAGCUGUUGUGAAUCUGACGAAGACCAAACUUGAGCAAAACAGAGAAACCCGCUGUUUACUUCAUUCUCACAUCUUAGUUCCUGGAGUCAGAAUGUAAAAUGCUGCUGGGAAGACUGGAUCAAGUUCCACGUGGAUUCAGUGGCUCAUGUAAAUGUUUAUCGCUGCAAUGUGUUUCCAGAGUUCGUGUGUACGCACAGUCGAUGUGCUUCUGUUUUUUUUUUUCUCAGCGCUUUUCCUCCAGCACGGCCACGUUGCUCCAUUUCUGAGGACCGGGAAGAGUUGGGAGACGUUCGUAGGUGCUGAUGUGACUCGUGAAGGUUUGAGCUGAGACUCGGUGCUCAGAGCKCCACUUCCAGCAGAUCGAGACGACUGAACAGAAUAUCUGGAUUUAUUCUCUCUGUUAGGGAAGUCGAACUACAGUUCCCUUUGUGUCUACUAGUUCCAAUCGUGCCAUAUUCAGUUUAGUCUUUGUUUUUUUUUAAGAAAACCUUUCCUUCGGACAGUGCAGGUUUCGGAUCUGCCUCAUCUGUGUUUGAUUUAAUGGUGCAGAUAUUUAGCUGCUUAACACUGAGACAACUUAAAAUGAAUAAAUUCUUGAGUUAGAGAGAAAAAAAUAACGACGAGCUAUUAAUAAAUUAGCGACCCUUUGUGGUUAUCCAUUGUGUAAUAUUUGGGAUGUUUUGCACAGUAUUGAUGAAGUCCAAAUCUUCAAGAAGAGCAGGAAAAUGUAACGUACAGUUAUCUGAUCAGUAGUGGAGGCUAAAACCUGUCACUUGAUAAUUGUUGUAAAGAAAAUGCACUGUAAAAGUUAAAUCCCAUGGGUUAAAAUUAAAGAAUAUAUCAAAGAUCA